CGCCCCCUUCCGUUUUCAGUGCACUUCCUCUCGCUACAACUACUCCCACUGCAGUUACUCAUAACCGAAACGAACGAACAGGGGCACGCACGCAAACGCAAUGGCGGCACGGUUUCCCUCUCUCCUCUGCGUGGCGCUGCUCUGCCUCUUGGCGCCGCAUUCCCUCGCGCAGACAUCGCCCGCAGCCGCCCCGGCCAACAACGCUCCGCCGAAGCCCUCCUCCAAGGCCACGCCGGCUCCGGUCGCCACCACUCCUACCGCCAGCCCGGCCCCGCCUGCUGCCGACGCAGCACCCCCCACUCCUGCCGCGGCAGCGGCGCCAGCCACUACUACCCCUGCUUCCGCCGCGCCCAAGUCUUCCCCAGCCACCCCUGCCGCCGCGCCCACCACCCCCGUCACAGUACCCGCGCCGGUCCAGGCCCCCACUACGGCACCUCCCACGCCCAAGGCCCCCGCGCCCGUGACAGUACCGGCGCCUGUCCAGGCCCCGGCUAUGGCGCCUCCUAAGCCCAAGGCCCCCGCGCCCGUGACAGCACCGGCGCCUGUCCAGGCCCCGGCUAUGGCGCCUCCUAAGCCCAAGGCCCCCGCGCCUGCACUGCCGAAGGCCACCGCACCUGCCCCCGCGGCAACCGCUCCUGCCGUAGUUGCACCAGCGGCCGCUGCUCCCACAGUUGAGGCACCGGCAGCCGCUGCUCCCACCGUUGAGGCACCGGCGGCCGCUUCCCCCGCGCUCGUUCCAGCAGCGGCGCCGGCCCCGGAGACGAAGCCCAUCGAAGGACCGGCCCCCGCGCCAGCCAAGAAGAAGUCGUCGUCCAAGGACAAGAAGAAGAAGAAGAAGAUGGCCCCCGCCCCGGCUCCGGCCGCAGUGGCACCCGUCGCCAAGGCCACCGAGGCGCCCGUCUCUGCCGCUGCGGCCCCCGGACCCAGCGGAGCAUCCACCGCCGCCGACACCGCAAAUGCUGCGGGAAGAACCACCCAGACGAUGGCGAGCAUGAUUCUGGUGGCGCUUGGCGUCGUGGCGAUGCUCGCCUAGAUCCUCCCUAGGGACAGUUCAACCCGAUCGAUGCGAUUGAUGCGUGUGUUUGUGUGCGCGCAGGUCCCUUUUCCGCUGUGUGGAUUUGGACAAGGGACACGAGGCCAGCCCUUUUCUUGUUCUUGUGUGCAGUAGCGCUCGUGUUGUGCGGAUUCCUGCUUUGCCUUGCCUUGAGAGACAACUGCGCAGAUUGUGAUACGAGAGAGACAGAGAGAGUGAGUGCAUGUGUAUUGUUAAAAUUAUUUAUUCAUAUUUAUACAGCAUUGUUACUGUUCUAUUUA